CAUAACAUUUGCACGACGCUCGCAGGAUGUCCGGUCAAUGGUCUGACGAGACUCCUUACAAGCAGGUACUUCUGGAACUGCAGGCAGAGCCGGGGAACAAACGAUGCAUGGACUGCGGCGCACCCGCACCCCAAUGGGCAAGCGUCACUUACGGAAUCUUUGUUUGUCUCGAGUGCUCCGGCGUUCAUCGAUCUUUGGGCGUUCAUGUCUCCUUUGUGAGGUCAAUUCAGAUGGACAAAUGGAAGGAUCUCGAGCUCGCGCGGAUGAAGAAUGGCGGCAAUGUCAAUGCCAAGGCUUUCUUCGAAACAUAUGACGAAUAUCGGGAAGACAUGAGCAUUCCGGAGAAGUACAAUUCUGCCUUUGCCGAGGACUACAAGGAAAAGCUGCUGGCGGUGUGCGAGGGACGAGAAUGGGUAAAACCUGAAGGUCCACGUCUCAAGAGGGCUGCGGAACCGGUUCGUUCUACGAAGCAAUCUUCUUACCACUCUGGAGGUGGCGCCGUUCCUCAGAAAACAGAAAAUGAAGCAUACUUUUCCACCCUUGGUUCAGCAAACGCUUGCAGGCCCGAGAGUCUACCACCCAGCCAAGGAGGCAAGUACACUGGUUUCGGCGGCGGCAUGGCCCCGGCGUUGACACAGGAUGAGGCUGCCAUCCCAUCAUUGGAUGACUUUCAGCAGGACCCGGUGAAGGCGUUGAAGUCCGGCUGGGGUUGGUUCUCGAAGAAAGCUGUGGACAGUGCCAAGACCGUCAACUCGACAUACAUUCAACCUGGAAUGGAAAAACUGGCCGACCCCGAGUUCGCGAAGGAUACUAGACAAACGGUACUUAACCUGGCUCAACGUGCCCAAGAAACGGGGAAACAAGGUUUUGGUCAGCUCAACACUUCGUUCAACAGGAUUGUGGAAGCUCCGAGUUCGCACGACACGGCAAGCUACAGCAGACUGGACACGUCAAGCAAUGGGCGGAAUAGUAGCCCUUCAUAUGGUGCUGCAAGCGGAGGCCAGCAUACGCGAAAGGCGAGUAACGAUUGGGGUGAAGAAUGGUGA